AACAACUUUAUAGCCAAGUUUUCUUUAUUCUUGAUCUAAACUCUAAAUAAUCAACUAGCAGGUGUAAAUUCAAGUAACCGUUUAAAUUUAAAUACUACAAAAUGAUGUCUAGUAAAGUUUUAAAAUUGAUUAUCGCGAUCACUGCGAGUUUCAUCGAUUUUUGGAAACAUGUCGUUGGUAAAUUUAAAAAAAUAGCUGUGCUUGAUAGUGACUAUGUUAAUACAGGGUGUAAAAAAAUUAUACCUAAAAGCGUAAAUUAUCAUUUUACAAGGAGAUGCAAUUAUGAAUGCGGAUUUUGUUUUCAUACGGCCAAAACGUCUUAUAUGCUAAAUUUGGUUGAUGCCAAGAUGGGACUGAAGAUGCUGAAGGAUGCUGGUAUGGAGAAGAUAAAUUUCAGUGGCGGAGAACCGUUUUUGCCGGAGCGUGGAAGGCAUCUGGGCGAGAUGGCGAAAUUCUGUAAAGCCGAAUUAAAAUUACCGUCCGUGACUAUCGUUUCGAACGGGUCUUUAAUCAAGGAGAGCUGGUUCCAAAAAUAUGGCGAGUACGUCGAUAUUUUGGCCAUUUCUUGCGAUUCUUUUUACGAGGAUACAAAUAAGGCCAUUGGAAGAGGACAAGGAGACAAAAAUCACGUAGAGCAAUUGAUGAAAGUGAAAAAUUGGUGCGAAAAGUACGACGUUUUGUUCAAAAUUAAUACGGUGGUUAAUACGUACAAUCACGAUGAAGAUAUGAGCGAGAAAAUAUUAACAUUGAAUCCGAUAAGAUGGAAAGUAUUUCAAUGCUUGUUAUUAGAAGGAGAAAAUGUUGGACCUGAAGCUUUACGCAACGCAGAAAGCUUUUACAUAUCAGAAGAAAUAUUCAACACGUUUUUGGAACGACACAAAAAUGUGAAAUGUUUAGUGCCAGAAUCGAACACCAAGAUGCAGAAUAGUUACCUUAUAUUGGACGAAUAUAUGCGUUUUCUGGACUGCACUUCCGGUUUGAAGCUACCAUCUAAGUCCAUUUUGGACAUUGGUGUGUCAAACGCACUGCAAUUUUCCGGAUUCGAUGAAGCCAUGUUUAAAAAACGUGGAGGCGUUUACAAAUGGUCCAAAGAAGCCAACAAAUUAAAGUGGUAAAAUUGGAAAAUGCACAUUACAAACAUAUACAAAGUUUAAUCAGUAUUCGUCCAUGUACCCUCCACCACAAAGAAAAAUUAUUUAAAAAACUUAAAAUUUUGAGUAAUAAAGUCAAAAAUUUUAGUAAUAGUCAAAAUUUUGAGAAAAUUAAGUAACAAAAAAUUUUUUUAGAAUAGGUCUAAUAUUUCCAAAAUUUUGAGAAAAAAAUCACAAUAAAAAAUCAAAAUUUUGAAAAAUAAAGUCGUAAAAAACUCAAAAUUUUGAGAAAUAAAUUUAAAAUUUUUAGUAAUGGUAAGAAAAAAGAGUGCAA